AUGUUGUGGCAUAUUCUAUUUAUUCUGAACUUAAUACUAUCUUCAACUUUCUCACUUCUAGAAACGGAGAAGCUACCUCAUUUCGCUCUUCGUAGUUUCUUGUCUACAAACGAUAUCGUUUAUUUUAAUUUCCCCAUACCACAACACACAUUCGUUACCAAACUCUCAAUAUCCAUCACCUUUCAUGGUUGCAAUCCUGAAAACAUUAGUUUAACUCUUCGUUCAGGAUCUUUUCCUGUAGUCAGACCAUUCGGUGUCUCAGUACCAAAUGGUAUCUUGGAGCCUAUAAACUCUCAUUCGCUAAACAUACCGAUUAAGGAAUCAUUUAACUUGACGUUUACUUCGGAAGAUUGUGGGACUUACUCUCAAUUCCAUGUGAGGUCAAUUAAUCUUCGAAAUGCAGCAAACAUUGACAUAAAUAUUAAUGGGCCUGUUGUUGGCAUGUGGUAUAUCGGUGCUUACAUGACCACCUCUUUUCAGAAAGAAUGCAUAGCAUGGUUAUUACCAUCUGUCAGACACGACAUUUCUUAUAUUGAUGGACAUAUUUCAUACAAUUAUAAUGCUCAGUUAAGACACAAUCAGUCAAUUGUUCAUGAGAAACCAUUCAUUGCGGGCAUUCAUGAGCUUCCCAGUAGAACAAUAUUCGCUUCCCAUUCAGAAGAAAAAAUUUUCCAUCGGAAAAAACGACGCAAACCUUUUUAUCAUUCUUUGGUUCAUUCUACUGCAGACCAACCUAUGCACAGUUCUUUGAUACCUCCAAGUUCGUCAACAGAAUCAAACAGCAAUAAUCCAUACCAUAUAAGAAAUUUGUCAUUCUUGGUGUCACCAUUUGACUUGGAACUGGCUCCCAUGGAAGGCAGAUUAUAUUUGUAA